UGUAGUCUGAGUUAGGGAGUACAUGUGUGGGAUGUGGACAGUUCUAAUCCAUUUCUGUCUCUUCCUGUUUGCAGGUUUGUGGUGCUGUGAUCCAGCCCCAGCACAUUUGAGAGGGGCAUGGCAGGCAGUCUGGGGCUGGGAUGGCCUGGCCUGCUCCUGCUGCUGAUGACGGCGGCCACCUCGCUGUGCCAGGGCUGCCCUCAGCGGUGCGACUGCGUGCCGCAGCUCAAGUCGGUUGUGUGCCACCGCAAGCGCCUGACCGCCAUUCCCGAUGGCAUCCCCAUCGAGACGCGAGUGCUGGACCUCAGCCGCAACAGGCUGCGCUGGGUGGAGUACGGCGACCUGGCGCCCUACCCCCAGCUGGAGGAGGUGGACCUGAGCGAGAACAUCAUCAGUGAGCUGCAGCCCAACGCCUUCAGCAGUCUGCAGAACUUGCGCGAAUUGCGGCUGCGUGGGAACCAGCUGAAGCUGGUGCCCAUGGGGGCCUUCUCCCACCUCACUAACCUGACCACACUGGACCUUAGCGAAAACAAGAUCGUCAUCCUGCUCGACUUCACCUUCCAAGACCUGCACAGCUUGCGCCACCUGGAGGUGGGUGACAAUGACCUGGUGUACAUCUCCAACAAGGCCUUCACAGGGCUGCUGGGGCUGGAGGAACUCACCAUUGAGAGGUGUAACCUGACCUCCAUCUCUGGGCAGUCACUGUCCUACCUGCGCAACCUAGUCACAUUGCGCCUGCGACACCUUAGUGUGGCUGCGCUUGAGGACCAGAACUUUCGCAAGCUGACGAGCUUGCGGGGGCUGGAGAUUGACAACUGGCCCCUCCUUGAGUAUAUCUCCCCACUCAGCUUCCAGGGCCUCAACCUGUCCUGGCUGUCCAUCACUAACACCAAUAUUACCUCUGUUCCUUCUGCUUCCUUCCGCAACCUUGCCCACCUCACCUCCCUCAACCUCUCCUACAACCCCAUCUCUGUGCUGGAGCCGUGGGCCUUCCGCGACUUGGUGCGCCUGAAGGAGCUACACCUGGUGAGCACCGGCCUGGCGUCGGUGGAGCUCCAUGCUCUCGGCGGCCUGAGGCAGAUACGUACGCUCAACCUGUCAGGCAAUGAGCUGGUGACGCUGGAGGAAGGGUCCUUCCACUCCGUCAACAGCCUGGAGACACUACGCGUGGACGGCAACCCACUGUCCUGCGACUGCCGUCUGCUGUGGAUCCUGCAACGGCGCAAGACCCUCAACUUUGACGGCAGAGCGCCAGUGUGCGCUGGGCCCGCGGAGGUGCGGAGCAGAGCUCUCAGCACCUUCUCAGACUCGGCGCUCUUCGACUACUUCACCUGCCAGAAGCCCAAAAUUCGCAACCGCAGGCUGCAGCAGGUGACGGCACGGGAGGGCCAGCCGGUGUCAUUCAUGUGCCGAGCCGAGGGGGAGCCGGCGCCCGCUAUCUUCUGGAUAUCGCCGCAGCGGCGCAGGAUAACACCCAAGAGCAGUGGGCGCAUCACUGUGCUCCCAGGGGGCACACUGGAAAUUCGCUAUGCCCAGGUGACAGACAGUGGCACCUACAUUUGCAUAGCCAGCAAUGCUGGUGGGAAUGACACCUACUUUGCCACGCUCACAGUCAAGGGUCAGCCGCUGGAUGCUGCCCUCAUCGCCAACCGCACCUACUAUGCUGGCGACCUCAACGACACCAACCUGAAUGACACACGUGUCUUCCUCAAGUUCACACUGGACCUGAAGACCAUCCUGGUGUCCACAGCCAUGGGCUGCAUCACCUUCCUGGGAGUGGUGCUCUUCUGUUUCCUGCUGUUGUUCGUGUGGAGCCGCGGUCGUGGGCAGCACAAGAACAACUUCUCUGUGGAGUACUCCUUCAGGAAGGUGGACGGUCCAUCCGCCAGUGGAGGCCAGGGAGGGGCACGCAAGUUCAACAUGAAGAUGAUCUGAAAUGACAGCACGUCCAGCACACAAUCACAGCACAGACUCCCAAACACUCACACUUACCUAGAAAAUAGAACUGAGGGAAAUUUUUUGGGAUGAGACCAAAACCUUGAUCUACCUUUACACUCCAUUAUCAGCUUAUGGUACAAAGAAGCUUUUACAUGCCACUUUUCAAAGUUGACCUGUGGAAUUCUCAUUUAUUAUUUAGCUUUUAGAAGAUGAUGGAGGAAACUUUUGUGAGGAAUGGCCAUCCUGGCCCCUCAAGGCAUCAUGUAUUUCAUCCAUUUUAUGACCUCAUCAGAAGCAGCUAGUCCAUUGGUGUUCAAUGAAGUCAUGAAAGCACUUGAGAUGAGGCAACUUCUCUUGCUCAGAGUCAAGGCUGCUGACAGCUGAGCUCAACUCCUCUGAUUUCUGUACCCUGUUCUUUGGGGAAAUUUUCGAUAGGGGCUGAGGAGGUUGGAAGCAUCCCCACAACGCCUUGUUUGCAUAAUUCUGGGGUGGUGCCUGCUGUGUUUUCCCGUAUCUUUACGGUUCCUGUUAGAACAAUUUGCCAAGAAUUUUAAAAAUUAAACUCUCAGUCAUUUUGUGACAUCCAGUGCUGUGUAGGCUUCAUGAUCGAGCUCUGAAAUGCCCUGGAUGAAAAUAAAUACUUUUUUUCCUGCUGUAUACAGAAUGGUGAAUAAUGGACACAUGGUCAUGGAGACAGCACUCUCAGGUCGGUGAUCAUCACUCCUAGCCAUCUGCAAAAUUUCUGUGCACAGUAGAUGUACAGGACUUCACUGAUAGACCUCUUUCACUGCCAACUGAAAAUGAUAUGAAAUCAUAUCAUGUCACUGCAGCUAACAUUGUCUGCUUGCAAAGCAUGGUGGGAAGGGCUUCCAAACUCAUCUGCCAUUGCAUGUAAUACUGAAAGAGAGUUUAAUUAAAAAUCAUGGCGGUGUAAUAAGACAUCACUGAGUUUUAUAUAUCAGUAGUUUGAUUGUUAAUUCAUUUAUUAGGAAAUAUACACAAAAAUGGUAAGUCUGCAGCUGCAAUUAUGUUUUUAAGACAGACCCAAAAAAGAUAGAAACCAGGUCAAUUCUGAAGUGUAAUCUGAUUACAAGAAAACUGACCACUAGCUCAACACCUCCAAAGCCAUGGCAAUGGUGGUAAUAAACCAAAAUGAUAGCUUCUAAUGUAGUAAUUAUGAUAAAAUAAGAGACAACAAUUAUAGAACUAAAACUAUAAAAUGUGAUGAAAUGGAGUACCCCAGAGUGGGUUGGGAAGAGGUGUACCAUCCUUAUCCUCUAGCCUACCCUGCACUGCAUCAGUCAAAUGCAGGUAUUGUGAUUCUGUAAAAUUAAAAGUGUUUGUACUAAUAGUGAACUUAUCACCCAUUGUGGUAAAGGAUUUGGGGCUGAUAGACCACAUGAGUUUCAACAUGGGGGAAUUUUUAUUCUAUCACCACCUCAGGACUCACCAACCAUUUUUGAGCUGUAGGGUGCCACCCACCUGCCACUGAUGCUAUCCUACAAGGUUAUAAAACUCUUCUCUAGGAGUCAUGCUCCUCUGUUUUCACUGUUGUUCAUGUAGAGCUGUGCUCACGGGCAGCACAAGAACUUCUCUGUGGAGUACUCCUUCUGGAAGAUGGAUGGCCCAGCUGCAAGUGGUGGCCAGGGAGGGACACACAAGUUCAGUAUGAAGAUGAUCUGAGACAACAGAGGUGUGAACAUGCCCAACACACACAGAACUGACUCAUGCACACUUGCACUAAGGAAAAAAAAAUUAAUUUGUUUUUGUGUUUGGAAUGAAACCAAAAACCUUAACCUUCCUUUACCCUUCAUUGUACUGUCCCUCACUGCUCAUGCACCUGACACUGUGCAGUAAUCUGCAGCUUGUAGAGUGUUGGAAAAAGCAGUUAUUGUCAGUUGCAGGAUUAAGCCAAGGCAUGUUUUCGUACAUGCAUGCAUGUGGCUAAGCUAUCCAGAUCCACAGGAAACUUGUAGCAAACUCGGAAGGGCAAUUAAAAUUGUGAUGUACGUAAUAAGCAUGACUGCCAAAGUGGUAACAUGUUAAGACAUUACCAUCAUCGUGGUGCAUAGGAGGUAGUAUUCAAAGAUUUGACACUGCUCUACGUCAGGGCAAAAGACAUUCACAGGGUCUCCUUCUCUUGCACAUAUAUAUGCAAACAGAUAAACACUGUCUCAGUAUCUGUCACACACACAUGUACACAGAGACACAACCUUAUAAACACGCUCUCUCACAUACAUGUACCUCAGUGCACAAACUUUCACACACACAUACACAAACAUACAAACUCUCUCUCACAUGCGUACACUAACA